GGCUAUAGAGGUGUAGGUAUUAAACGGACAAUGGUGACCGCUGUCGAGUGUGUAAGUGCCGAUGGUAGGUCGCUACUCCCACUGAUAAUUUGGCCCGCGUCGACGCACCGGGACAACUGGACAAGGUAUGAGACGCCUGGUUGACACUACAGACAUUCGGAAAAUAGUGAUAACGACUCUAAGGUGAACCCAGAAUGGUUUAGGCGUGUGUUGGACCCCCAAACUAGAGACAGGGCCAGUGGUAAACCACGGGUACUAAUCUGUGACGGCUUCGGGACUCACGAAACACUGGAGGUCUUGGAAUUUUGCUUUCAGAACAACAUUAUCCUGUGUCCUCUGCAUUCCCACACCUCUCACAAGCUUCAGCCCUGUGAUGUUGGAGUUUUCGCACCCUUAAAGACAGCCUAUCGUAAUCAGGUUGAGCGUAUGUAUCGCAAAGGUGUAGAGACGGUUGAGAAGAGCCACUUCACCUCUCUCUACGACCCCGCAAGGCGGACGGCGUUUACUAGGCGGAAUAUCAAAUCUGCAUGGGCAGCGAGCGGUCUAUUCCCUUUUAAUCCACAAAGGGUGCUUGAGGGCAUACCCAAGCCUGCAGUUGAACAACCAGGACUAGAGGUAGUGCGGCCCUGUCUGCAAGAAGAAGUGUUAGAAUAUGUUGCGGUAUCGGAUGGUCCGUACAGUGUCUAUCUAUACCCCUGAUCAGCCACCCUGGACUAGUGUGUUACAGGUCAGGUAUAUAGUUGUCUCCUCAUAGCUAGACAGCAAUACAGCGCAGUAUUCCAUCGACCCGAUAGUCCUAUGUUAUCGUUUACCGUAGCUAUCAGUAUUCUACAGCGGUCCGCACCGCUACAGAAUAGCCUGUAACACCAACAACACCAGUCACAACGGAUGCCCUUUCGUCGUUGCACAACUUAAUUAAGCAAGACACUUGCGGACUUGAUGAGAUAAGGAGACAGCGCCUAGAGAGACACGUACAGAAGCUCGCAAGUGCUGCCCAGGUGUCCUUUGCCAAACAAACCCUUCUACAGGCUCACAACGGACUCUUAAUUAAGCAUAACAGCGGGUCUAAUGCUCGCCGAUCCACUAGGUCCGUAUUCCUUGGGAAGGCCAAAGUAAUGAGCUACGAGGACCUUCAGGACGCCCGGGCGAAGCGCGCGGAAAAAGAAAGCUAUUGUGGAUAAAGUGAAGGUAAAAC